CUCAGUAGCAGCUGACCAUGUGCUAAAUACAAUUCAGUCUAAGAUAUUUUCGUCAAAUCUCUUGAGAACUCGAAAUUGAGGUGUUUCAGUUCUCGAAAAAAAAUUAUAACUUAAAAUCAAUCAGUCUCCAAAUAAUUGUCAGUAAAAAAAAUUAUUAAAAACUUGUUAAAUGUGAUGAAAUAUGUAAAUAUAUGUGCAAGUGCUUGAUCAAUUGUUAUAUCAUAUUACUGAAACUUUGUUGAAAGAAUUAACAAAUAAUGGGUAACACUUUUACAACUGCCACUGUGUUAGCUGCUGAUACAAUAGCAGCACCACCCUAUGAACACGUGGAUAAACCUAAGCAUCAUCAUCAGCAAUACGUCCAUAAAUCGUUUGAUGCUAAUCCACCUCCUGGAUGUCCAAUGCAUAAACCAGAAGACACAAAGCCACCCCAAUAUGUCAGUGAAUGUCCUAUCGCUCAUACUAGUACAGAUGACGUGAAUCCUUUGAAUAUGAUGCCACCAGGAAACCAAAAUCCAUCACCUGGUCAACCUUUUCCUCUACCAACUCAAAGACAAGUGUCUUCUAUUCCUAAAGCAACAGGAGAAGGAGAGUUUUGGGUUUAUCCAUCACAACAAAUGUUUUGGAAUGCAAUGUUAAGAAAAGGAUGGCGUUGGAAGAAUGAUGAUAUUCAACCAAAAGACAUGGAAGAUAUUAUCAAAAUCCAUAAUGCUAAUAAUGAGCAAGCAUGGUUGGAAGUACUCAAGUGGGAAGCGUUACAUGCUAAAGAAUGUGGAAUGCCAAAAUUGAAGAGUUUUGGAGGCAAAGCCCAAGAUUAUUCACCACGUGCUAGGAUUCGUCAUUGGAUGGGAUAUGAAUUGCCUUUUGAUCGACAUGAUUGGAUAGUUGAUCGAUGUGGGAAAGAAGUGAGAUACGUGAUAGAUUACUAUGAUGGAGGCGAUGUUGAUAAAAAUUACAAAUUUGCUCUACUUGAUGUAAGGCCAGCGAUGGAUUCUUGGGAGAAUAUAUGGGAUCGUAUGAAGGUAGCAUAUUGGCGUUGGAGAUUCAGUGAUUCUGUAAAUGAAGAUCAACAAUCAACAGCGGGAUCAUCCUAAUUCUUUACUAGCUAAAUAUUCAUGUUGCAUCAGUUACUGUAGUAUUUAUUUUAUAGUAAUUAGCUAACGACAUUGUCAAUUUUAAAGAAUUUCAGAGUUAAUUAAAACAAAAUUUUGCUCAAUAUACUUUCAGUAAUAAAAUAAAUCUAUUCUAUUUGUUUACUCAAAAUGUAAAUAGCUUUUUUUGUGCUAAUAAGCAUACUUUAAAAGAUAAUUUUUAACUUAUAUGAUUCAACAAUAAAUGGAUUAAGAAAUGUUAA